GGCAGUGUCGGGGCAGCCCUGAAUGGGGGCUUCUUUUGACUGUCAGAGUCAGGCAGUGUCGGGGGCAGCCCGGUUGGGGUCCUUGUUCCCAUGCCGCGCUGUGUGUUUGAAUGACAGAUGCGGGAUCACCAUGAAUGUGAGCGCAGACAGACCGGUACCCGACAGUCACCGACAGCCAUCCCCUGUACUGAGAUGGAGACUAGCUGCCAGUUUUAUUUGGUCAGUUUUACUGCUGCCUGUAACCUCCAUGGCUUUCAUCAUUUGUAGCCGAAUAAAGAUUUUCCAUCCCAUUGUGUGGCUUACAGACUCCAUUAGUGAUAUAGGCAGCAGUUACACCAUAUUCUGCCUCAUCUUUCUUUGUCUUUUGUUGGGGAUUCAUUGUGUCUGCAAUGUGCAGUUUUACACAGUUGUUCCUUCUAUUCCGUGCUCUCGAUUUUCCCUUAUUGGACACAUACUCCUUCCUCCGCGAGUUCUCCAUUCCUUGGUUCACGCUGGCUUGGGGAUGUUGGCUUUUUGGUGCUGUUCCUUCAUCUGUAAAAGCUGGUAUAGGCCUUUGGUUGUUCCUUGCACUUCUGCACCAAGUCAGGUUGAAACCACCUCCAAUCCAAUGUGUCUUAAUGAACACCACCUAUUCCAAAUGCUUGCUGGUGCCUUUAUUGGUUACAGUUACAGCCUGUUGUACUUUGUGCAAAACAUGAACUAUGUUUCCUUCCCCUCUAUACAGCAAUUCAAAUAUGUGCAGUUCAGACGACAACUUCAUCUGCUCAUUAAACAUAGCUGUCUACAAUCUCUUUACUUGAUUCGGAAUUUCACUGUACUCUACUAUUUUCUUGGAUAUAUUCCACGUACAUGGAUGAAAUCUGCUAUGAACCUGCAGACAGAUGGAGAAGAGCCCCCACUAGACACCGUGCGAGGACUCCUGAAUCUCUCAUUGUUUUACCAGACCUGGUUGUCUGGUAUAUUUGUCCUUGGCACCUGGCACAUGUUGUCCCUACUCUUCAGAAUCUUUGCAACGGAGCCCAUUGUUUUUCCUGUGACGUUCUCAUUCGUGGAAGAAGCAGAAAAUUGUUUACCAAAUGUUCUUGGAAGCAAUGCUCCUCAACUUGUGAAGUAUCUGGCUUUUCAGGAUUUUGUGCUUCUCUCUCAGUAUUCACCCUCUCGAAGGCAGGAGGUCUUCAGCCUUAGUCUGCCUGGGGGUCAUCCUUACAACUGGACUGCAAUUUCAAAAGCAUGUUUGGAUUUGCUGAAUAACAUGACUGCAAGACUGGUUGCUUAUCAGGAAGCUGCUGCAAGUAAUGGGCGUAUGAAGCUCUCGUCUUUCUCUGCAGAGACUCUGAAGUCAUCCAGCAGCUCGGGUACAUCCUUUGACGAACGUAGUGAUCAAACUCAGAGAAUUAUCUUACCACCCCGCACACUAAUGACGUCACUGCUGAAGACCACACCUUCUGUAAAGCCAGCAUUGGAUUCAGGUAGCCCUUUUGCACCAGCAGCAGUCAGCCGAGUUUCUCAGAUUGUGGAUCCCAAUUCUCCUUGGCAUAGCUCUGUCCAAAGCCCCCAUCUCAUAAGGAGAGGUGCAAAACUGUGGUCCUGCAGCACAGAUGCCCAGGCUAAUGGCUGUGAAGUUUCUGCUUUCUCCCCGGUGACACUAAAAUCCGUGCGUCCUAGUGAGCAGACUAACAUAUUCUACACGUGGCUCCAACAGAAACAGGAACAGUUCAAAAACUUCCUGUCGAAGCGAGUUAUCAUCAUGUAUUUUUUCAGCAAGCGCCCAGAAGCUUCAAGUCAGGAUGCAUUUGCCGAUGCUCAGAUUCAUAUUUGGGCCCUUGAAGGAUUGUCACACCUGGUUGCCACCUCUUUCUCAGAAGACAGAAUGGGAGUGGUACAGACCUCUCUUUCUUCCAUAUUAGGAACCUUCCUGACCUUGCAAGAGGCAGUAGAGAAACAUUUUAAACUCCCACAUGCUUCCAGCAAACCUGCCAGAACACCAGAAAGCUUUGUGGAUUCUUCCUACAAGACACAGAGAUUUGCACUUCGAGCUGCUUUGAAAACCGCAAUUUAUAGAAUAACCACAACAUUUGGUGAACACUUACAUGCCGUUCCAGUGUCUGUGGAGCACAGGAAAAGGUUGCAGCAGUUCCUCGAUUUCAAAGAAUAAAGUGCUAACCAGAAUUUAAAUGCGUUCUUCACUGCUUGAGUGAUCAUUUUUUGAUGUAGGGAAAAGUAACUUUGAGACAAUGAGUACAAACCCACUGCCGUCAGCAAAAAAAAAAAAAAAAUGGACACAAUCUCUCUAUGGAAUAAUUUUUGUCUUUUUCGGUUAACUGUAAUUUUAUUUUACUUUUACUUUCCUUUGAGCUGCUCCUGCGUGUAAAUCUAUAAUUUUUUUUUUGUUCCUUUUCUUCUUAUUGAGAGAACAAUGACUAUUUUUAUACUUGUACUUUUCAUAUUGUGUGUUUUUUGUAUGUGACUUUUACUAAAGUGCAAUCAAGUUCAACAUUAAAGCAAUAUAUUUAGCAAGCUGGACAAGUGCUAAUUAAUGAAACAAUAGAUUACCUUUGGCAGUAAUCACUGAAAAUAAGAGGAAAUCCCUCAAUAACCCUACAGAUAUGCACAAAAAUCGAAUGAGACAGGAUGUGCCUAAUAGCUGAUGUAUAAUUUGUUAAAGUAGAAAAUGAUGUAUAGAAGCUCCAAUGCAUUGUGACUGGGCAUUCACAACAUAUCUGUUGGUGACGUCUAAAUAUUGCAAUAUACUGCACCAUUGGUUCUUCUCUCUGUGUCUCUUUACAUGUACCCUGGUAAUGUUCAAGUACCAUAAGAGGCAGGAACUCCUGGUGGAAAGUGAAAAAAUCUGGGUUGUGUCCUCUGGACUUUUUUUUUUUUUGUAUUUAAAUUUCUCACUUUAACACAUUAUACAUCGGACAUUAGUCGCAUCCAGUUG